CUGCGCUGUUCGAGUUGUAUCCAACCCUUAUCUUGCAAGUUACAUUCAAUUAGAAGUUGUCUCUUUCAAAUCCGAUCACCCUUCCCUGAACCACCUGUAAACAUGUCCAUCAAGUCUCUCUUAUCCAGCGCUCUUCCCGGCGCAGUACGAGGCCCUACCAUCGCCUCCGUCACCCAAAGAGCCUUUACCACUAGCCGCACCAGAUUGAAUGCACCAAAUGACGCAUCGUCUAGUGCCUACAGAGACGGCAUGGCCCGGUACAAACUCUUCAUCAGCCCUUUUGCCAAAGUCUUCCUUGGCGCCGUCUUCACCUUCCAGGUUCUCCAUUGGACGUGGUUGAAGCUUGAGAUGGACGAAUCGAAGUAUGAGAAGAAUCAGGAAGUCGCUGCUCUGGAGGAAAAGGCUCGGGAAUUGACAGGCACGCAGAAAAAGUUGUAAAUGCUCGCAUGCUUGAGUAUUCGGGUCAUGACUGGGUCUCAUGACUGGUUCUACUGGAAUAGUCCAUGGCGUCGUGUUCCUUGCUAUCGAUUGUACUCUAUCCACCUGCAUCCGCCGUUGUAUAUACCCCAUGCAUCAAUGUCGC